CCCUGGAAGUACAGUUUUACCAGGGCGAGAUAAUAGGAAAGUAAACUUACCCAAAAUUGUGAAGAUUUUUCCAUGAAUGGAUUUCCCGCAAAGGCGACUUUUUAUCAUACACACUAAUUUCUAGUAACUUGACGUCUCCAUUCGAUGUUGAAACUGCUAUCUUAGUACUAUCAACGAACUGUAUUUCUGUUACAUCACCAUCUACGAUAAAUUCAGACAGUGGUCUAGGAUAUUCAAUGUCCUCUUCUUCUUGAUUGCUCUCCAAAGUCCAAACUUUUAUUGAAUUUACAUCAUCGUCCCAACUGCCGGUAAAAAAACAAUUAGCUUCUAUAUAUUCUUCAGGAAUCCACCGGAUUUUGUUGAUUUUUUGAGAAACAAAUGUGCCCUGCACAUCAAGAGGCAUUAUUUCUUAAAAAAUUGUGAAAAUAAUAAAUAAAUCAAAGGAAAUGCGACAAAUUGAGAUGAAUGAAAUGAAAUCACAAACUUUGUAACAUAUGGAAUUUUUUUUUUUUGUAGUUCUCUCAUGUAGAGGAAGGCUACGGGGAGAAUGCCCAUACAGCCCAUCUUUAAUUUUGUUUUUAUUUAUGUAUUAAAUUGUCCCUCCUUUUAAAGGAAAGCAAAAAAUCGGAAUUCAUGCAGCAUCGUCUGUAUGAGAUGUUAAUGAAAUAUGAUACAUCUGCAUUUCAAUUGAAAAAAAUACUAAUAAUAAGGCUGAAUAAAUAUAUUAUCUACUGUCUUCCCAUAAGGGAGAUUAUGAAAAAAAGUGAAGCCGGUUUUAUAUUUAUUUGUCGGUUUUUAUCAGAGAUUUUGUCUGAUUCUGAUACACUUUUUGUUUUUCUUGCGAUUUAAACACUGUUUAGAUACUACAUCUACAACAAAAGAAUAGAAAUUGGCCUGUGAACUAAUUUAUUCACAAGUGUAAGGUUCGAGGAGUCUUAAAGGGUUUUAAAAGCGGAACUAGUUGGAUUGCAAGGUAAACAUCAUUGCUAUUCAGGCUAGAAAACAAGCUGAUCAAUUUAUCUGAGCUUUAACCUGUUGGUUACAAAAAUUUGACAUGGAUGGAGAGGUUUUACAGCCAGCAUUAUCAGCUGCUUAUAUUGCUAGUAAAUCUCAGAGUGUCAAAAUACAUGAAAGUGGGAUUGAAAAACUUAGCGAUGAUAUGCUAAAGUCAUUUACUUCUGACAAACUGGAAAUUCCUACAACUGGUGCUAACAUAGUGUAUCUGAGCAAAGAAGAUGUUCGUGCAGUAGAUUGGAUUUUUGUAGCCGAUGCAUUGAAUUUUUGCUUUUGGUCUUAUUCUGAUACUGAUAAGUAUACAGUUGAACGUCACAGUGGUUACUAUGCAUUAGAAGCAGCAUUAAGCAGAGCAUUGAAGGAAGGACAUGAUAUAACAAACCCUGAGUACUAUUCCAAAAUAACUAAGGAACAACUUGCAACUAUUGUGAGAGGAGAUAAUGAUAUUGCCAUCCCAUUAUUUGAAGAAAGAUUGUCUGUUCUACAUGAAGUUGGCAAGAUACUGUUAGACAAAUAUAACGGGUCUUUCAAAACAUGUCUCAAAGAAGCUGACAAAUCUGCUCUAAAACUUCUUAGGAUUAUUGUUGAGAGCUUUCCAUGUUUUCGAGAUGAAGCUGUUUAUAAGGGCAAGCCAGUCUCAUUUUAUAAAAGAGCACAAAUCCUAGUAGCAGAUAUUUGGAAUUUCUAUGGAGGGAAAGACUGGGGAGAAUUUCAUGACAUUGAUGGCAUAACCAUGUUUGCUGACUAUAGAGUGCCCCAAGUAUUGCUAUAUUUUGGAGCAUUGAGUUAUGAUAAUAAUCUUAUGGAACAAUUAAAGAAUGAUGUACUUUUACCGAGUGGGUCAGAGGAAGAGGUGGAGAUACGAGGUUGCUCCAUACAUUGUGUAGAAUUAUUAAAAAAGAAAAUUAAAGAAAGGAUAGAGAACAGGCCAAAUCUCGAAGUGCCUAACUCAUCGCUAAUUGAUUAUUAUCUUUGGUGCUACAGGCGGAAGUAUGCUGAUGAGAUGGAAAAGGUGCCUUUCCACAAGACGCUGGGAAUAUUUUAUUGAUUUUUUAAAACUUUAUUAAACAAUACAAAUUCGAUUCUUAUGGAAUUAUGAAAUUCUCAUAAAAUUCAUUUGACAGAAAAUAGAGAGGAAGUUAAAACAAUUUCGUGUUCUAGACCUGCAAAAACAUUGAACAAAAUAUUUUAUUGUAUGUACUUACAUACUUACUAUACAAAUGUAAUCUCGCUACGUGCGCAAGUAGUUAUAUGGCUACCAUUUUAGGCAACGAUCGCCGUGUCAUUUCUACCCACUCUCCCCUUUAUAGUAGUUUUCCUAGGGACUGUUUAGUUGUUAAGCUUCUCCCACACCUGCGUGACGAAGCUUCGGGUGACUUAGGUACUAAAUACGCUAAAAAUUUGCGUUCGAAAUUUGAAUUAAUUCUGUCGUAAUAAAUUAGCGGACUGCAUGUCUAUAGGCGAUAGACGAUAGCAGUUAGUUGGUCUUUAGCCUGUAUUCGGUUAUUUCAAAUGCGCAAAAAAUUUGCGUUAGAAAAAAUUAGAUAAAUUCUGUCGUAAUAAAUUAGCGGACUGCGUAUCUAUAGGCGCUAGACGAUAGCAAUAACAUUUGGUCAUUAGCCCGUAUUCGGAUGCACGAAUGACAUUUCUCGAAUUUGGACACCCGAAGCCAUAUUUACACUGGAAUACGGGCUGGAAGACGGUGUCAGGUAAACAAAAGGAAAUUUACCCGAAUACGGGAUUACUCGAUUCUCUUCAUUUAUCAUUUACCCGAAUUCCAUUGGGACCCGAAUACGGGCUAGCGACCAAAUGCAAUUGCGGCACAAAAGAGGUUGUGGAAAUCGAAAAAAUUGUAUGUACAGCUGAAGGAGCGUUCUUAAUUCAAAGUUCGAAUGCUAAUUUUAGUGCAUUUUAGUACGAAAGCUACCCGAAACUUCGUCACGAAGGUGUGGGAUAAACAUGAGAGGAUGUUUCCAAAACGUAACAUCAUGCAUUUUGUAAUAACUUAGGUGUACUACCUACCCGUUUGUUUCGAGUUGGUCGUCGAUGACCGUUACAAAAUGUGUCACUGACACAUUAACUGGUAGCGUCGAGAAGUAUGGUUGACUAAUAGGGUCUGUCAAGGGCAAUUCAUUUAUUAUAUAGUAUAAGUCGCACCGCGAAGCUCUAGCGCUGACCGUUAUUGCGCAGAAGUAAAAAUUAAGAUGUCUUGGGGGGGGGGGGGGGGGGGGGACGAGGAGCGCGUGUGGGCGUGCGUUGCGCCGAUUGGCUCUCCAGUCGUACCCAUGCGCAGCUAUCCCGCGUUUUGUUCAGCGCUAGAGUUACGUGCCGUGACUUGUACGUAAGUCGAUUUAGGGGGGGUUGACCAUAUCGCAACGGACGCGAGCUACACGCACUGCGCCUUUAAAAAAAACUGAAAAAUAAACAUUCAAAUCAACAAAGCAAAGGUGUAUGUAAAAAAAAUCCUUUAGACUUACGUAAUAAAUAUUUAACAGGGGAGCGGAUCGGCCUAUUUUUAUUUUUCCUGUAAUAGGGGGAGAAGGGGUCAACAACCAGCGAAAAUAGUCAUAGGUAAUAAAUGAAUGGCGCCCAAGGAGCGUAAUGCGGUGAGGCGGGGAGGGUGGGAGCAGCCAACUCGAAGCGAACAUGUAGUAGGUACAUAAGUUUCAAGGGUUAAUGACAUCCCAAAAUUUUUACCAUACAUAAAUUGUAAGAUGUUUUGAUACAGGUAUCAAGUUAACUACUAGAUAUAUAUGUAUAUUUAUAUUUUUUUGGAAUCACCGUCGAUUUUUUUCUAGUAAAUAUUUUAUUUAGAUUGUAAGAUGACAUACAUAUCAUGUUAAUUCAAAAAAAAAUUGAAGGCUGUUGACUAUUCUUAAAAAAAUAAAUUUUAUUUCUGCAUUAUGUUAAAUAAUUAUAUUUAAAAUACAAUUAAUUAAUCUAUAAUGUACUUAGGUAGGAACAUACUUAUAUUUUAUUAUUAUAUAUUUUCUUACGUACUAAGGUUAUGUAAUAAAAAGCUUUUAUUAAUCAGGAUUUUUAUUGAUACAAGUAUCAACAUUUUACAAAAUUCUGUAACAUGAUGGUAGUCUUUAUGUAUGAGAUGAUAAUAAUAUUACUUAUGCAUUUAUAAUAUUGAAAAUGUAUCACAUCAAUUCAGUGGUCCCUACGUUUAAACUCUUUAAGUCAUUUUUUUAUUACUAAAUGAAUUAAAUUGUCCACUAACUAAACUAAUUAUGGGCACAACCAUUAAACGAGAAGAAAUACCCAAUAGUAUUUAUAAUUCCUUCUUUUAUUUACAACUUUGGCGUUGAAUCUAAGUAACGACUUAAAUAAUGAAAAUGAUCUAAAUGAUGUUUAUGUAAAUGGCACUUAAUAUUUACAUGUUUUAGAAUAUUAUAUAAACACCCUAUACAAAUUCUAUAACCAUCCAAUCCAAAUCCAAUGACAAUAUAAUUAACUUAAUAUAACUAGAAAAGACAAAAGCCCUUUUCGUUUCCUACUAUUUCUCAUACUACCACCUCGUUUUGCGAGUGACUUAACUACCCAGAAUUGUUUACAGCUUAAUAAACAAGUUGUAGUUAUGUCCACUACCAAAUUACGAUAUUUGUAUCGCUUUUGAGUUGAAAUAAAAAGCAGACAUUUAUGUAAGUAGGCAAAUUGAUUCUGCAAUUACCUCUGAAUUGGUAAGAAAUGUAAAAAUAUGUGUCGGGGGAUAUCAACCAACCAAUAUCAAAGGGUACAUUACAUUAUGUAUAUUAAUGUAUACACUUAUAUACAUGUGGGCAAUGUUAGUGUAACCAAUAAAGGUAAUAUAAAUUGUGAUAACAGCAACCAAACCCGAUUUUACACUUGAUUCAAACGAUCAGAGAACGCGAAAACGAUGGAUAUUUUAUUUUUCAAUCUAUCGAUCGCAUCAACGAUACAUUAUUCAUAAUAAAUUCUGAUGGUUAAUUUCAUAUUUAUAAAGAAAUGAUUAAAUUUAAGUAGCUUAAUACCUAUGAUAUGACAGCAAGUAUUUGAAACAAACACACUAUAAAUAGCUAAUACCUAAGGAAUUCAGAUUUGUUAGUUUACUUUUCAUACGGAUACGGACGGGAGUAUAUAAUGUACAAAGUACAAACAGAAGGGUCCUCGGAGACCACAAUACUAUUACUAUAGUAAUUUUUGUUACUAACGGAAUUGUUACCAUAUAUCUUGUUUUUCGAAGUCACCGAUAUUUCGGCACUGUUGCAAGGGCCAUGAUCACUGAGUAACUGUAGGCCUAUUCGCUAACUGCUUUUGACAGAUGGUAGUGAUAACCAGCUAUUUAGUGAUCCAGCACGCUUUAUUAUAAUUCCAUUAAGAUACUUGUUCUGAAAAGCAUCGAUGGAUAUGCAAUUUUCUCUUUAGUUACAUACUGUAAAUGUCAAAAAAGUUAUCGAACAAGUCGGCAGAUUGUGAUCACGUAACUCCGCGAUCAUGGCGCUUACAGCAGUGCCCAAAUAUCAAGGACUCUAAAAAAACAAGGUACAUGGUAACAAUUCCGUUAAUAACAUACUAUAGUGUUGGUGUUUAAACCACGGAAGUUUAAACCAAUAUACCACAAUUCUAUUUGUUGUUAAAUUUCGACUUGAGACUUUCGAAGAACGCUAACUUAGAUUUGAUUGUACCAGGUUCCGGUAGUGGGCUGCCUGGUCUACUCGAUUCUUUGACAACUUCUUCAGUGCCCUCUGGGAUUUCUUUUGAUCCACCAGGAACUGUCAGUGGCGUCGCCAUGGAAAGCUUCAGUUCCUCCCUGAAUUCUUUGGAUAUGCUCCUGGCGGUCAGACUGUGCAUGUAUACUAGUUUAUUUGUAGGCUUUUCGUUAUCACCGUUUAAUAAAUUCUCUUUGCUUCUACGCCGCCAAGAAUAUGGUUGGGGGAGCUGAAAAAUAAUCAAAUAUUUAGGUUAAGAAAGGAUCCCUAUUUCCCUUGGUCACGCGCCAUACCUUGAGACCGACCUUAGCCUUUGCCAUAUUUGCCAUCUAUUUAUUAAGUUUUCUAUUACUUUGUAGAAUGAUCUUGAAGUUGCGAAAACCCGAAUUUUAGAGGGAUGAAGUCACGAGCGAAGGCUAGUUUUUUCAUAUGCAAUUGCAAUGGCUAGUACUUAGUGUAUCUAAUAACUGUGGACUUUUCAUUUAUAAUUUUUGUUUUGUAACGAAACAGCACCGCAAUCAAUGCGUAAACAUUUGCACGCAUGAACUUUAACCUGAUA